UACCAAACAUGCGCAGACAUAUGGAUAAGCAUUAAUUCUUCAUUAUAUUCAUAGAUAAAUAGCAUAUAUGUAGCUGCAGUUGGACUGACUCUCUGUAUUCUCACUCUGGAAUCUUGAAGAAAAUGUUGGCUAUUUUUGAGCAAUCCAUUGCCAAGCCACCACCGGAGCUCAGCCUUCCUUUGGCCGGGCAGCCUGACAAGAAAACCCGGCAAGAAAUCGCCGAGAUUUUCCGGUCACAGAAGCCAGGGGACUCAACUUUGUACAGACUUCCUAAUGGGAACUUCUUGGGGGUAGGUGGUGAAACCCCAUCUCAUCCUAGGUCUGUGACUGUGAUGGAGGAUAUAUUCUGCAUAUUUUCUGGAGCUCUAGAUAAUACCUCUGACUUGAGGAAAUACUAUGGUCUGUCAAGACAGGCCACAGAAGCUAUGAUCAUGGUGGAGGCUUAUAAGGUGUUAAGGGACCGCGCGCCAUAUCCUCCUGAUCAGGUCAUCAAGGAGCUGCAAGGGAAAUUUGCUUUUAUCCUCUUUGAUUCUAAAGAUUCUACUCUUUUUCUAGCCAGGGAUCGCGAAGGAAGUGUGGCACUGCACUGGGGAGCCACUGGUGAUGGAUCAUUGAUAUGUUGUUCUGAUGCAGAGCUCAUCAAAGCUGCAUCUGGGAAAUGUUACACGCCGUUUCCUCCAGGUUGCAUUUUCUUGAGUGAGAGUGGGCUAACCAGCUUUGAUCAUCCACUUCACAAGGUAAAAGCGAUGAUUCGCGAGGACGAUGAUGGCAGUAAUGUGAAUGCGAUUAUUUUCCAAGUCGAUUUUUACACCAGACUCCAUAGCAUUCCGCGGAGAGGAAGUGCAUCAAACUGGGCAGGCACAACAGUUGUUGAGGGGGAAUAGAGACUAGCAAACUUUCCCUUUUUUUGGUGGUAAUAAAUCAAAGUUUGGUAAUAAUAAUGUGUUAUAUUGUAAAUGAUGCUUGAAUCUCAUUCAACAUCACACUUGUGUUAAUGUUUUCUCUUUAAUCUGUACAACUUUUUGAUG